AUGGUCCACAGGAUCAAUGGCUACAUGAUCCUUGUUCUAUCCAUUGUUAGCAUGAAAAUUUCCCUAAUUGCUGCUAGCCGUUCUUCGCAGGUUACCCGGACACCCAAAUGGCUGUUGAGCCCAUCGAAAUUCUCUUCAUUAUAUUCACAUGGUUCUGGGACAAAUCAACGUCGAACGCCUGCAACUCGAGCAGCACAGAGUCUGGAUGCUCAGAGGAUGGAUUUACUCCUCAUGCAUUAUUACCCUGCGGGCCCUGAACAUCGUCAUCAUGACAUGUCUAAUAAGCGCAGGGGAGGAGGGGGUAAUGCAAUGAACGCCAGAGAUACUUCUGUUGGGGGGAUUGGAUUGGGUGAUUCGUACCCUCUAUACCACCACGGCGCUGGUGCUUCAUCUGACCCUGUUCGAAGCCGAAGGGACUUCGAAGUUUAUCCUAGCAGCGGCAACAAGAAACUGACUGGCAUGGAGAACUCGGGACGGGCUGGAUUGACCGCUGACCGUUUGGGUGACUCUGCGUUACGGACACCAUAG